CACCACCAAGAGAUAAGCCAGCACACGGGUGACGAAAAUACGUGAAGUUCGCGGCCGUCAGUGUCCAAGGAUUGUUCAGCCUGUGGAAAAAAACUGAUACUUGGCUUAGAAUCUCUACGGUAAGCACGAAUAUCUGUGCUCUUAUCUCAAGUUAAGGUCACGAAAAAAAUACUGCUUCCCUAAAAGCUCGACACAAUCCCUACGAAACGAGGUAUCCGGGAAAUGCAUGUGAGGCAGAAAAGUGAAACUAUGUUAAUUAAUGCAACGGCUGGCGGGGUUGAAAAAAUAGUUCACUAGUGAUGGGUGGGAAUUUUCAGAUGGUUUCCCAGCACCAGCAGUUUUGUGCUUGAAAAGCUGUGUCCGUGUGUAUUUGUGUGCUUGAGUACAACAACAAAAAAUAACACGCAUCGUUAUGCGAUAUGCCAGACAGAGAGUGGUUACUACAGCCUUAAUUAAAGUAAAAGUGUUAGAAGAAAAGUGAAUCACCUUCGCACCCGUGCGAGGAUAGUAUGAGCGAUAAGGCAGAAGAGCUAAAUCGAGAAGAUAAAGAAGGAUAAACCCCACGGGAAAGUCAAGGGUUGAAAUUAGACUUCGUUCUAGCUUUUACACACCAGUGUGCAAUCAAAGUUGCGUGGAGGUGCUCCAAUCAAGUGUUUAAGUUUGUGUGGGUGGAAAGAUCUGCUCUUAUUUGGUGCACACUUCUCCUCCAGACUCAGGCUCAUCCUUUGUUCUCUGCCCUUUCCACCCCAACAUUCGUAGGUGGCGGUGGUUCAUGAUUCCACGUGUUUAAAUGGUGUAUGUGCUGCCAAUGCUGCCAAAGAACAGAUUGGAGGCCUUGAUUUCGCCUCCGUCUCUCGUCGGCAAGUAAAAAUAACGACGUCAAUGUAGCCGAAAAGUGGAUACCUGCAUUGCCCUUUUGUUUCGCGGCGCUACGAGGCGAAACAAACCACCAGACAGAUAAUCGAUAGUCAAAAGAGAAAAACAAUGAAGUUUGUGACGGGCACGUCGAUGCUGCAGCUGGUAGAGAUGGAAACGCACUGGCACGUUUCUAUCUCUCACACAGAAGUCAUUCUAUUGUAUUAACACUGAUGGUGUAAAAAGGGUGUACACUGAUAGUGUAAAACAAUAGCCAGCUAUCAAAUAAUAGUCUCUACUGAGUGAAUGUACGAAGUGCGAAGAUUGGAUCCCGUGAAAACAAGUCGAAAACAGACCCCGUGCUGUGGUUUGCGGUAAACCACGGAGGCCAUCUAUCACUCCAGAGUCAACACCAUCGACACCACCUCCAAUGGAACUGCAGCGGAACCGGUAGUGGCGUCGAAAGAGAACUUUUAGAGCCCAUUAGCCAAGCUUCCUCAUUCAGAAAGUUAACACACACACAUCCGAGUCCUCCAUACCACCGAAAGCAUCAAGUGCGAGUUAGUACAGGGCCUUUCCCCCACGUUCUUUGUUUAAGCAUAGCAUAGGAAAGCAGUGCAACUCCUACGGAAAGUUAAUUAAACUCGAUCCUUACGUAGCCCGCGUAGUAUCAAUAGCAGCAACCGUGGUCCCGUUGGAAUAUUAGUUCAAUGCAAUCAUGGCAACCCCACCGGACAGUCCAAUCGAGGAAGUCGUAUACGAGUUGGAACCGACCCGAGCUCCGAAACCAGUCCCGGUGGCGCUCGAGGACCUUUGUCGGCUCACAAAAUUCACCCGGCAGGAAAUACGCGUCAUGUAUCGAGGCUUCAAAACGGAAUGCCCCGAUGGAGUAGUCCACGAAGAUAGUUUUAAGGAUAUCUACGCAAAGUUUUUCCCUCAUGGAAACUCCAGCCUUUAUGCACACUAUGUGUUCAAAGCGUUUGAUGUUAAUUGUAACGGAUCCAUCACCUUUCGGGAUCUAUUGGUCACACUAUCCACUUUACUGCGAGGUUCCGUAUACGAGCGGUUGCGAUGGACCUUCCGCUUGUACGAUAUAAACGGUGAUGGCUGCAUAAGCCGGGGGGAGUUGGGCGAAAUUGUGACGGCUGUGCACGAGCUUAUGGGCAGGAGGCCUCACCAGCCCGAUGACGAUCAGAAAGCUAGAGAACAGGUUGAUCGGGUGUUUCGAAAGCUAGACCUCAAUCAGGAUGGUAUAAUCACGAUCGAAGAGUUCCUGGAAGCCUGCCUGAAGGAUGACGUCGUUACCAAGUCACUACAAAUGUUCGACACCUGCCUUUGAUGACCGUCCUGCGAGAGUGUUUCCGGCGGUUCACGCCGAGCAGCGGAUCCGGACCGGUUUGCACUGAUAAACUUGUAGGCUGACUGAGAGUUAGUUGGGCAGUGCGCAGUGGGAGGAAAAGUGAAGUCACGACAAGGUUUGAUUGAAUGCAGUACGUUCACUCACUCACUCACUCACUCACUUACUAACUUGUUUUGGUCGUCGCGAAAAGUGCAUAUGAAACUAAUCUGUUUCUUUCAUUUCUAUGUGAUUGAAGUUAAAGACAAGCUAAGCUUACUGCAGAUACUCAACGAUCCAUAAAAACAGCCUUUGAGAAAUGGCAGUAGCGGCGAAUUUGCAUUUAAUUAUGGCGUCAAGCGCCGGGCAAAAGGCAAAAAUAAUCCGAACGGUAGCGUUAGAACAAAUAACAAUAAAUUUUCAAAAUAGAUCUGGAUGUACCUUAGGAUGCCAACGACGGUGGUCAUUCACAGGAAAUACUUAUUUCUGCUAAAAAAAAAGCACUGCGCAAAAUUUCAGCGCUACCGGACGUCAUUGUUUAGUGUUGAAAUUGACAGCUAUGCAAUUGUUGAAAGGCGUGAAAUUAUCCAAGGAGUAAAAGAUUAAUGUCAAAUUGUUAGAAAAUGCAUGCAAUUUCGAGAUUGGAAUUUGGAACAUUUAUAAACUGGCAUCUGAAAUUGUUCAAAAACUCAUUCAGACUAACUGUGUGCGAUUUUAAUACAUUACUGACAUCUGAUAUAUGAUGUGCGAUAUAAUAGUUAUUUUUUCUAUUAUUAUUUUUCAUAUUAUGUAAGAUAAUUGUAUCUACUAUCAUCUUAUCACAUACUUGUAUCUCAUGAUACAUGGCCAACCAAUUAAAAACGGAAAAAACAUGUUUUUGAAGUAAAUCAAUCGGCCAAUCCAUUGAAUGUCUUCCUUAUAGUUUAAUUUAGGUUUCUCAUGGUAUGAUAUUCUUGAAAACUCAUAUAAAAUCUCUUUAUCUUCGGUACAUUCGGUCAAAUUUCCGGGCGAAACACCCAAAAAUUCAAUAAUCUCAAUCCUCGUCCGACAACCGAUGAAAGCUUUUCGUUUAAUAGCAAGCCAGUUUCCUUAUGACCCAUUCAACACUUAUUGCCAGGGUCGGAUUAAGGGUUGUGGGGGUGCGGGGGGCACGAACCUUGUGGCGGGCCCUUUUCAGCUGUCAACAUUUGAUUGAAGGAAUAUAUCAUGUAAAUAUAUGAGUGGAAGAAAGGUUACGGAAGGAUUGUGUUAGUCUCAAACAAAAUUUUGGUUUUUUAAGUAUCUUAAAUUUUGUUGUGUUUUCAAUGGUUUUUGUUUAGUCAUGAGUCAUGAAAAGUGAACUUUUGUGGGGGUCCCCAAUGUAACUUAAUAUUUAGUUUUUCUUAGAACACUUCUUUUCUAUUGACGUAGAAUACGUCUUACUCUAAUAGGGUGCCAUUUCGAAACAUCGAAAAUAGAAUGAUUUUAGUCUCUGAUAUCUUGUUGGGUAGAGAAACAUAUUUCUCUGAUUACAGUUCAACAAAUCGCGUGCCUGCAAUGAUGCAAUCCAAGCACUUCCCCAGCACAGCGGACACUAGAGUAUACAAACGAUUUGACUUUACAAACGGUUUGUUGUUGUUGUUGUUGUUGUUGCUUUGUUCAAUCGAGUGCACAACGACACUGGAAGUAUGACUGUCAUUAGUCACAUAUAAAAGCUAACAUGCAACAAUUUAGUUUUCAUUGUUCAUCCGAUCACAGUCGCAACAGAAUAAUUGACUGAAAACCGGAUCGACAAGUAGCAAGCAGACUUGCUGCAGUGCAGCAGGCGACGAUUUCAUGUUUGUAUAGCUUUUGCUGCAACACACACUUCUAGCAUUCCGCAGCGAAGAGCGUCUUGUUUUUAAGUGCUUCAAAGUUAUUCAAUUGUAGUAGGGUAGGUAAGUCUGUUAUGGCAAGUGCACUAGUUAUGGCCAUAUCGCAUUAGCGUAAUGGUACCAGUUAUGGCAAUACUCCAUUUAAACUCCAUGGGCCAUAACUGGCUAAUGCCAUAAUUGGUAUAUUUUUUAGGAAUUGCAAUAGCUGGCACUCCUCCCCUAGUUAUUAUUUUUCUGCCACUCGCCAGAGCGCUGCUUAGAAAUCUCGCUUUUCUUCUUAGUAUUCAUGUUUUGACCGUGGAAGGCAAAAGCAACGAUCGAAAAUGUUUUGAUUCCUCCACCAUUUUGUCGUAUUCAUCUUGAUACUGUGUUUAUAUUGUCUUUAUAUUGUGACACACCAAUGGCAUUUUUUCACUUUUUUAACAAACGAUUUUUCCGAGCUGUGUAGCAUUAAUCUAACCGUUUAAUUUGAAUUACACAUACUUAACGACGUAAUAACAACAACAAACAAGUUUUAAGCAUAAUUCGAACUAGCUCGAAUAGUUAAAUAUGAUCGCAUUUAUUGAAAAAUAGUUUUGCGUCACUUUUCAAUCGCUGGAAAUAAAUGUGCAACUGCAAUUUUUAUAAAUUGCAAGGUAAGAAAUUCAACAUUGCUUCAAGAACGUGUUUAUGGACUUGAGAAGAGCCAACUGUAAUUUGUAAUUAGGCUGGAGGAGCGAAACAAUUCACUUUGAGCUAGUGUAUUUCGAAAUAGCUUUAGCUUCGGACCUAGCGUACUUGGCUAGCUUUUGUGCUCGAUGCCAUCUUAAAGGCGAGUUUGUUGACGGUUGAACAACACGUAACGUUGACGUAAAACGCAGCCAACCUUUUUUUUUCUUCCAUAAUUUCUCAUGCGUGACUCCGCCCACUUGUCGCGUUAGUCAUCUCCGUAGGAAUUUAAGACAAUACACGAGUUUAUUUCGUCACACCAUCAUCCUUGCGUAAACAGACUUUCGCGCGAUAAGGGUGUAAAAUCGGUUACAGUUCACAUUUUUCGUGUUUCUCGUGAUUACGUUCCUACCACGUGGGCGAUAAACGUGAAAGAAACCUCAUAGCCAGUCCUAAGGCUGCUAAUGCCACGGCCAGUACCCGUAAAAUAUCCCGAUCAGAAGAGCAUAACUAAAAAAAUACAAAACUCUAUCAACGUGAGAUACAAAUAACAUAUUUUGAUAGAAUUUUGUUUUUUUUCCAUAUAAUUUUGAUUACAAUAUUGAAUCUGAAUGAGUUAUAAUAACAAAACGUGUAAUGAAUUAGUUCUGAAACAAGUCUAACUAACUUUUCGUUUUUAUCAAAACCUGUUGUUUCUAACAAUGUUUGUUAUUAUAUUGUUCUACAUACUAUCUUAUUUUGUUAGAAAGCUGAUAUAUUAGUAACAAAUUUUGAUAUGUGUUUGAUACUAGUAGAAUCAUUUCUGUUAUAAUUUUUGUUAUUUUAACACCUAACGAGACCAAAUUGAAAACACAACCUGUAAGGUUUUUCCCGUAACAAACUAACAGCUUCUGUUACAUUUUUGUUUUUUCUUUCUGGUCGGGAUGCGGGUUGAUACAGGAGUACCUGGCGGCUCUAUUGUACCUUGCUGCGGAAGAGUUGGAAUUGGCGGGAAACGCUGCUAGAAAUAAUAGAACGAGAAUCAUCCUGCAAGUGGCAAUUCGCAAGAAACACUCAAGAAAAUCUUCUUCCGAAUACCCAAGCUGUUGUCUUUGAAGAAAACAGGAAAAAAGGCAUUAUUCGAUUGAUUCCUAGCUUUGUAGAAAACUAACAAAACCGUCCUUUCAGGAACGAUCACUUGCUUUCAAUUCAAGUAGUUGACAAUUUUUUCACAUUUCAGUAUUAUACAAUGGAACAAUGAAAAUCGAUUUUUCGAACUUCGUUUAGCAGUAGGAGGGCUCAAAAGUUACGUCUUCUCGAAAAAAGUCCCCAUGCAAUAUUUCAGCUCAAUCGAACUUCAGGAACACGUGCCUCGAAGCGGUCAAAGUUUAAACUUUUUGCGGCCAAAUGUCUUAGAAAUGCAUGAAACGUCGAGUCGACUUUCUGGGACUUGAAAAUUUCCGAACCUGGGCCAAUGACAAAAAAUUGACCUACGAAUUUCAUUUAACGAUUGGGCUUCUCGGAAAAUGUCCUCAAACAGAAUUUCCGCAUAAUCGGACAUGCCUCAAAGCAAACAAAGUUUCACUUUUUCGAUGGAUGAUUAAAAGCACAGGUAGUAGGUUUAUGAAAUUAAAUUGACAUGGAAGUUUUUUUGAUGCCAAAUGUCUUAGAAAUGCAUAAAACGCCGAGAUCUGUUCUUAUCUCGGAAAAAAUGACUUUUUGUGACUUAUUGAGCUAUGAAACUCCUCUCGUCUCAAAAAUUCCAAAGUCCCAGAAAAUAGAUUUUUUCACGAUUGUUUUUUUUUUCGAAAUUACACCAGAGUUCGAAGUUUCUAGCACUUCAAAAAAAAUCCAUAUCAAUAAUUUCAUGAACUACUCUGGCGCCUUCCUACAUCGGUCAAAAAAGUAAAACGAACUUUUUGAAUUGACCAUUAGAAAAGUUUCGACUGGCGAAUAUAGGAAUGUUAUGGUCAAAAUAGGAACCCAGAUGAGUUUCUGCAUUCGGUAAACAUAUUCAGGAUUUAUACCGUAAAAACAAUGAAUGAGUUUCCGCAUUCGAUAGACAUAUAUGAAGAAAAUGUUAUGAAAAUUCAACAAAACCUUCAACUUUCAAGUGUUUGUAAACAGAAAUACCAGAUGCUCAUGAAAGCGAAUUAUUUGCUACUAGCGAGUUUUAUACAGAAGUAAAGAAUUGCAGUUUGUGCAGGGGCAUUUUUGCAAAUGUUCAAUGCUUCAUUGGCGGAAAUUCAAUUCUUAAACUCUACAAUACUUUGCAUACCUUUUAUGACAGGCGAUGCUUUGUUCCAGAGGUGUGUGAAAUUUGAAUUUGUACUUUCAAAAAAAGACAUCAAAACUAAAAGAGGAGCUGCAUAGCCUCAAGAUUACAUAGUCCGCUUUUACAACGGACUGAUUAUAAACUCGAAGCUUGAUAGAAUCAGGCAUUCGAUGCCAAGGGAAAUUUUAGGCAUGGGUUUAUUUUCAGACUCCGCCCUUUUAAAUUGCACCCUCUCUCACGUUGGUUUCCAAAAAAAGAGCGACACCCAGUUGAAACCUUUUCUGGGAAUUAUAAUUGCCAGUACUUGGCAGGAGUAACGAGGCUCAGUAUAGCAGUAAUUUGUCACUUACUACGGUGAUACAAUAACACAAAAGCAUACCUUUCCGUCACAGUCGUUGGAGAUGCAGAGAUAAACUCGGUCUCUGACAACAACGGUUGUUACACUAACAAACAAACCUCCCUUUUCCUAACCGACCGUAAGGACGUAGUCGACGCCGUUAUCGAUCUAUACAAAAUGGACGUUACUUAAUUGUUGUACGUUGAAGAUGGUAAAGUUAUUCCAAAUAGUCACCAACGAGGUCACGGAUGUGUAACUACAAAAAGUGCGGUUGUCAAGGCCGAGCUCUUCAAUCUUUGCUUGAAAUUGGAUAUCAAAAAUUUCACUUCCUAUAAACAAUUUCCGUCAAAAACUUCGUGUUGAACUAAACUUUUAAACACUAAACUUUUAGUGCAUUUUACCCGUUUUAAUCUCCACUUUAUUAUUUUGAGCUUGACGAUGUGUGGAAUUUGCUGUGCUAUGUGAUGAACUUUCUAUUCCGCACCUUCAUAUUUCUCGUUGGAUUACGUUGUUAUCACUUUCCUUCACUUUGACAGCUUUUGCAAAUAAUAUUACAACUAACUUGAUUCAUACUUAUUUACAAUAAAGAGAGCAGAUCGUAGCAUUGCGAACCAUAAAGGAAUCGGUUUUUUCGCAUCUUUUUCAAGCUGGAAUCCCUCUCCCCUUUUUCCAGAGGAAUAACUAAACAGUUGAAAUAUACAAAAAAAAACCUAAAUUAAUCCACCUAGCGGUCAGACCCAGCCUUUCUCAUUCAAACUUAUUAUUUGUAAAAAUAGAUUUACAUGAACGCUUCAAUCCAAUAAAUGUAUAUUCACUUUUAAGGUUGCAAAAAAUUGAUGUUGUAAUUUAUACAUAUAAAAAUUCAGUCCGGUCUGUCUGUCUGAUCCAAAUAGGCUCGAAAACUACCGAACCGCUCGGCGUGAAACUUUGUAUGAAGGGGUUUUUGGUGCCGCUAAAGGUCCCUAUGAUAGUUUGAGACCCCUCCUUCUUCUGGAAGGGAGGAGUUCCAUACAAAUGAAACACAAAUUUCUGCCCAUCUCGAAAACUAAUCAACUAAAUGGAACCAAAUUUGGCAGGUAAAUGUUUUUAGUGAUAAAAAAUAUGUUCAUAAUGUUUCGACACCCCUCCUUUUUUUGGAAGGGAGGGGUGCCAUAAAAACACAGAUUUCUGCACAUCCUGAGAACUAAUCAAGUGAAUGGAACCAAAUUUUGCAGGUGAACAUUUUUAGAGGUAACAAAUAUGUGCAUAAUGGUUUGACACCCCUCCCUUUUCUAUAAGGGAGAGGUCCCAUACAAAUGAAACACAAUUUUCGCACAGCUCAAGAACCAAUCAAGAAAAUACAACCAAAUUUGGUAUGAGAAUGUUUUGAGAGGUAACACAUAUGUCCAUAAUGGUUCGACGCCCCUCCCUCUUCUGGAAGCACAUAUUUCUGCAUGAAUUUCUGCACAUCUCGCGAACUAAUCAACUAAAUGGAACCAUAUUUGGUGGUUGAAAGUUUUCAGUGGUAACAAAUAUGUUCCAUAAUUGGUAACCACCUCAGGUAACAUUUUGGAAUGUAAGAUGGCAACAUACGGUUUCUGGAAAAUAGCCAAAAAUGGCCGAUCUAGAAUGAUACACAGGAGCUCAAAUCGACCACAGAUACCAUUUUGAAUUCUUAGAUGGCGACUUCCGGUUUCUGAAAAUGACCAAAUACCACUGAAUAUGAGUAUCUCCGGAGCAAGAAUGUUGCAAGAAGCUAAAAAUUCAGACUUCAGACACCAUUAUGAAUUGUAAGAUGGCAACUUCUGGUUUCUAGAAAUCAGCCAAAAAUGGCCGAUUUCCGAUUAACAUGAUUGUCUUCGGAACUAGAAUGAUACACAGCAGCUGAAAUCGACCACAGAUCCCAUUUUGGAUUCUAGGUUGGCGACUUCCGGUUCCUGGGAAACAGCCGCAAAUGAUCGAAUAACACCCUAUAUGGGUGUUUCUUCAAUCAGAAUGACGCUCAGAGACCAGAAAUUAUCUUAAAUACCAUUUUGAAAUCCAAGACGGCGACUUACGGUUUGUGAAAAACAGCCUAAAAUAACCAAUCAGGCACCAUUUUGAAUUGCUUAAUGGCAACUUCUAGGAAACAGUCGAAAAUGACCGAAUAAUACUCAAUACGAACAUCGAGAUGAUGCAUAGAAACCAAACAUUGACCCUGGGCACCAUUUUGAAUUUAAAGACGGCCACUUUUAGUUUCUGGAGAACAACCAAAAUAACUAAAUAACUUCCAAUAUGGGUAUUUCCGGUGUCAGAUUGAUGCCAGAAAAUCUGCUGAAAAUGACCGAAUACCACCUAAUAUGAAUAUAUUCAGAAUUAAGGCGAUGUACAGAAGCCAAAAGUCGAGGAUGUUGUCAUUUCGAUAAAACCAAUCAUUUCAAACGAUUUGUUAUUUGACUUUGAUCAUAUCCUAUGGCCGAUUCUCCGUGCAUUUGCAGACUUUAAACACAUCGCAAGGAAUCAACGAAUUUGGAACGUUCAAAUAGUACGAUACCACAUUUAAAUUAUAUUGAGGUCACAAAUAUCGAUCAAAGCAGGCAUCGUUUUAAAUAGUCUUUGAAUUUCUUUUCUUUCCAUAACUUUCGAGCCACAUAUCAAAUUGUUAUGAAAUUUGUUAUUUGUAAGUUUGAGAGAUGACUCGUUCGUAUGACACUAGUUAUGUUCAAAUAAGUCAUGUAAUCUUUGAGAUAAUAGACUUUCGUUGUUUCAUUAACAAUUUAAUAACGAUUACUAAAGUUCGAUUAUAAUCAAAUGAAAUGGGAACGCAUAGGGCAGCCAAACUUUGAAACCACGUGUUCAAUCAUAAUUCAUCAGUUAACGCCUAACUAGUCCUCUCGUCUGAUAAUUAUGUUCAUCAAUUCGGUUGUGUAGUUUCUGAGAUAAUGAAAUUUCGUGAUUUUUACAUUUCGGUACAUUACAGACGAAGUUACAGUUCGAUUACAGUAAUAUUCAAUAGGGUGUUAUGAGGCAGCUAGACUUUUUAUUUGACACUAAUUUUGUGGAAAUCGGUCUUUGAGAAAAGUGAGUGAGUCCAAGUAGUCGUCGGAAUAUGUUCCUUUUCAUAGCUGGAUUUCACAUUUUUAAAUAUAACAGUCAAAGUAAUAGUUCGAUUGCAAAACAAAUCAAUAGGGUCUUAUGGGGCAACAAGACCUUCCAUUUGACACUGAUUUUAUGAAAAUCGGUCCAGCCAUCUCUGAGAAACAUGAGUGAGAUUAAACUGUCUUCAGAACACGUUUCUUUUCGUAACUUUUGAACCACAAGUUCAAUCUUUAUAAAAUUCAAAAGUUAAGGGUUUUUCAGGUAGCCCGUUCAUUUGAAACAAAUUUAUUCAAAUCGGUUGUGUGGUUUUAGAGAUAAUGAUGUUUCAUGAUUUUUACAUUAUGAUACCAUAACCUCUAAACUAAAAAUCCGAUUAGAAUGAAAUUUAAUAGGGUCUUAUGGGACAACAAGACCUUCCAUUUGCAAUUAAUUUCAUGAAAAUCGGUCCAGCCAUCUCUGCGAAAAGUGAGUGAGAAUAAAAAUCUGCACAUACACACACACACACACACACACACACACACACACACACACACACAGAAAAUGCUCAGCUCGUCGAGCUGAGUCGAGUGAUAUAUGCCAUUCGGCCCUUUGGAGCACUUUUAUAUCUUCGGUUUUGCAAGUGAUUGCUAUACCUUUCUAGGAGAAAGGCAAAACAAGAACUCGUAUACUUCAGUAGUCUUUAAACUUUUAUGGGAUUCCUUUUACUAUGGAGGGUUUGUUAGUAGCUAAAGUAUUUAAAAUAAUUAUUGGUAAAUAAUAUGUUUGUGUGGCCAAUCACAAAUGUUGACUUCAAAACACUAAAACCAUCAAAUUGCUUGAUUUUUUGGUUACCAUUCGUACGAUAAUUAGUGCAGCCUAACUUACCAAAUGUUGAUAAUUGGUUGAAAUAGUGUGCAAAAAAAAUAAAAGAGGUUUCCAUUGGUGAACAGUUUCAGAAGCCAGUCAACAAUUUUUUCAUAUUAUUAAGAUGAUUGACCUAAUAUUUUGCGCAGAGUUUUCCAAUGAUGCGAUAAAAAUAUUUCCUGCACAGUCCGGUUUGAAAAGAUCACUUUUUCUGCCGUUGGCACCCUAAUGUACUCGCUAUAUUUCCUCUCCGUUCCACUCUCGGAAAGGCCUCCUAUCCGAAGAAUGGCGUCGUGAAUAUUUUAAAAUUUCAUAUCAUGUUCCACACAAUUGAAGCAAUAUUAUAUUCCGAUAAUGUAAUGUAAUAUUGUAGUACAUUGAACGAAGUAUUUGUUUUAUGACAGAUCUUAUUGUUUUUUCGCAGAUUAGUUUACACGUAAGACGUUCAAAAGUAUUCCAAAUGCCAUACUAGAAUAUAGUUAAUAAAGAGACAACAAAAAUAUAUGAAAUAUUGAACUAGAGAAAGAUGUAAAUUAACUGAACUAGCAUAGGUGAUAAAAGAAUUGGAAAAUUUAAGACAUAUGUAAUUUUAAAGCAAACGAUAUUGACUGGAAUAGUAUUUUGAUUAAAUCUAGGAGAUUAUCGAAAAUAAGAAAAAAUACAUAAACAAAACAACGGAAUUUUACUAUUUUUAUUUCACAAAAAUAGAUUGAAAUGCUCGUAGAGACACAGGUGUUAGUUGACAAUAGACAAUCGAUUUAACCUAAAAAAAAGAAACAUGAAGUUCAUUGCAUGAAAUAGUCCGCUAGAAUUCGACAGCUAUUUUAAAAUUAACAAAUAUGAGAGCAAUAUCCAAGUGCAAUAGAAUAAAUCUCUCAUCCCAGGACGGUUCAAGUAGAAACAGAAAUUCCUCAGCUUAUAAACUUUGAAACGAAAGCCUCACCGGGAAGUACUGUUAUAAAACACAUUGUCGAGACACGUUAUAUUAAUUUGCAUUUGAUCCAUUAAGGACAUUUCCUAAGUCAAAUUAUUUGGAUAUGAUCAAAGGGUUGUAUAAAUAUCACCAUAAUUUCUAUGCAGUCAAAGCAAAACACAGAAAACACCAAUUAUGUAAGUCUUUGCGGAUGAACUCGCACAAAGAUUUUUUCAGUUAUAAACAAAAUUGAAAGCAGGCCGGAAACACCACUAACUGAAAGCCAUCAGCAGCUGUAGUGUGAAUGGUGCGUUCAUUCCAUAUUCUCUCUAUAGUUCCCACUAGUAUGAAAAAUUUACGUAACUAUUGAUGUGUAACAAUCUGCCUACUAACAAGUCAUACAAAAAAUAAAGCAAAAAUCUGCCCGUUUUAAAUCAUGACGAACGUUUUAAUGCAUCCAUCGUAACAGUCAUCAAGAUAAGUAAAGAAUAAUAUAGGAUACUCUCUAGUGUGCCCAUAAGAAUCCGCUUACAACCCAGGGUUGAUAUUUGUAGAACAGUUUCACCAAGCAAAAGCUACACCAGAUUAGGUUCCAUUCGAGAUUACAAAUAAUUUGAGCAGUUGUUGUUUUGAUAGAUUCAUGUUAUUUACCGAAUAAAACAAAUGUUUACUGAAAACGACAAUUUCGCAUCGUUCAUACGCCGGUAACGCAACUUUUAAUCACACCACCAAACAAGAAAAAAUACUAAAGUAUCACUAUGCUAACCUGUUUAUUUGAUUCAACCUUCUUUGUACUGUUGCAAAAACUAAGAUUUUACCAUUCAACUUUUACCAUUUUUACUAAUGGUUGAAUUUAAACUACGUUUGACACUGCAACUUGACAUCGUUAGACAGAUAACGCUUGCAUGGUAGUUACAAGUAGUGUCGUAUUUUUCAAGAAUAAUAGAAACCAGUCAAACACACACGUUUUGUUGAUCGGGAAAAAAAAGACAUUUGAAUUUGAAACCCUUGAGGCAAUGACUCACUUUUCGAUAAAUAUACUUCAAUAUAACACAACACGAAUUUAUAUAUUUUACAAACGAUCGUCGAAUUUGUGCGGUCAGAUCCCAACUUUACACAACCCCUUUACACUUGUCGUCAGAACUGUACCCUCAAUCGGUCAAUUACAGCUGAUUCCCAAACAUAAAACUAACAACAGUCCAGUUGGGGCAAAUUAACAAAACUUUAUUUCCAAAACCUAUACACAAAACUGGCAGCUUACAGCGCUAAUGUACUUAAAACUUAUUGCAUAACAGCAAAUUAGAGCAGACAAAAAUAAUAGGUUUAUCGAAGAGAGUUUAUGAAAUUUAGGCAAAAAAAGAAAUCAACAGUUGUAAUCAAGAUAACGUUAAGCCGUUUUUAAAUGUACCUGUGUCUGACAAGCUUAUAAAUCAACGGAGAAGAAAAAAAAACCCUAUUGAGUAGACGUAAGAAAGAACCGCAGAAGAAAAAAAAGAAAAACACUAUUUCCCACCAAAGUUUAUCUCUAGUGUGACACACAAAAACAAAUAACAAUAGGAAGAUACCACUGAAAAAACAUAGUUGAACAUAGUCCAAAAGCAAAGUUAAAGUUAUAUCCAUAGGACACAGAAACUAAAUCAUCCAUUGAAAAUCAGUGAGUAAUUUGCGCGAAAGUAACUAGUCGAAAACCAAUCGAAAGCCUUUGUUUCGAAUCAUUCUCUCCAAGAUGAUGUAUACUUAUUUCUGCAUCAAGUUCGGUCUGGCAGAGCGCAGAAGUGGAGGGAGCUGUAUAAAUAAACAAGAGCUAUUUUCAACAAUUCAGAGAUAUUACGAAAAAGCGAAUAACCGACGGCAAUUGUUCCAAUAAAAUGCAAAAGCAGAUGAUAUAUGUUUAUGAAA